AUGGCGAGUUUUGCCGCGAUGAUAUUUAGGGAUCCGGCGUUUACGCCCCAUCUUCCCAGGCUAGUGAAAUUGGUCGUGUUUAGCGCCGCCGUUCACAUGGCCUGCUUCGGGACCCUUUCCAGGCUCAAGUUCGCCGUUGGGGCGGUUCAGGACGCCGGUCUGAUAUUCCUGUCUGCGAUCUCGUCGUCGGUGGUAGCCUUUUCUCAAGAGCAAGGGGUGGAUGAGGCUGGUAUGCUCAGCACCUCUGGAGAUCAACAGCAUUGGAGACUUUGGCGUCCUGGCCAGCCAAGAGGCGCUCCUGCUAGUGCUGCCCGCGGUCUGGCCGGCUUGGUGAUGUACCUCUCCCUCCGGCGCUUCCCCUCUCCAACCACGCUGCCGCUGCUCAUGGCCGCGUUCCUCGGAACGUUCUUCGCGUUCCUUUGGGUUACGGGAACGACUCUCGACGAGGCGAGAGCUGCCGGGUGGGUGAGCCCAGCGUCCCCGAUGCUCCCCCUCAAUCACGCCUGGGACUACUUUUCCUUCGCCGACAUCCAUUGGGGAGCGUUCGUGAGGUACCACCAGAAGAGGCGAGAGCGCACGCUCCAAAGACACAACAUUGAGGUGCAUGCUAUCAGACUCGGCUUACAGCGUGCGCUGCUACUGUGCCCGGUGCGAACUGUAGAUGAGGGUAUCUACCACGAGUGCGGAUACCCCCAAGAGCACGGCUGUUCUUGGUUGAGAGUACGCACCCAAACAGGGAAAACUUGGUCGAGACGGUUAUGCAUAUAUGGACGAUACCCCCCGCGCGCGGGCAUCCCCCCUCUUGUACCCAACCUGUUGGCCAUGAUCGUGGUUGUUGCGUUCUCAAGCUGCUUGGAUGUCGCUGCCAUAGAGAUGGAGAUGGCCAAGCGGCUGGAUUUCAACGGGGAGCUGCAGACGGUGGGGUGGUCCAACGUCAUCUCGGGGCUGUUCGGCGGCUUCACGGGCAGCUACAUCUUCAGCCAGACCAUCUUCAACCUGCGGGCUGGUGUUGGCUAG